AUGUUAACAAAAGCGGUGGGUCUGGCACUCUCAGUUGGAUCUGGAUUGACGCUUGGUAAAGAGGGUCCAUUGGUGCACAUUGCGUGUUGCAUCGGCAACAUCUUCACGAGAUUGUUCCCAAAAUUCGAUCGCAAUGAAGGGAAGAGGAGGGAAAUGCUCAGUGCUGCCUGUGCUGCAGGUGUUGCGGUUGCGUUUGGGGCUCCAAUUGGUGGGGUCUUGUUUAGCUUGGAAGAGGUUUCUUACUUUUUCCCCCCUAGGGUCAUGUGGAGAAGUUGUUGGUGCGCUAUUGUUGGGGCAGCUACUCUUCGGGUACUAGACCCUUUCAAGACUGGUAAAACGGUCCUCUUCGAAGUGACAUACGAUCAGCAGUGGCAUUUUAUAGAACUCAGUGGAUUCAUCUUGUUGGGCUUGGUCUCUGGGGUUUUGGGGGCUUGGCUUUCAAAGCUUAAUGUGUGGUGGACGAAGACAUUCAGAAAACUUCCUUGCAUCGACCGACAUCCGGUCUUAGAAGUUUUACUCGUGGCAUUUGUCACCUGUCUACUGGCUUUCUCGAACCGUUUCAUGAAAUUAGCCGGGACCGAACUUGUGUAUGAGAUGCUAGCGGAGUGUCCAAUAAUCGACCCAUCAGACCCAACAGGCAGUUCAAUUUCCGGGGCGUGCAUUAGCGAUCCCAAAGAUACCGCACAGCUAAUCCUCAACAUUGGCAUAGCUGUUGUCCUCAAGUUUUUGAUCACGGUUGUCACCUUCGGGAUCAAAUGUCCUGCCGGACUGUUUGUACCCUCGCUCUGUAUUGGUGCAAUGAUGGGUAGGAUACUGGGUUACUUGGUCGAGUAUGCUUAUCAUUCACAUCCUGAACUCUCAGUCUUCCAAAUCUGUGAUCCUAGCCGCCCCUUCGGUCAAGCUUGCAUCAUACCCGGGGUUUGGGCUAUGGUUGGCGCGGCUGCAAUGUUGGCUGGCGUGACCCGGACUACCUUAUCCUUGGCCGUCAUAAUGGUAGAACUUACCGGAUCCUUGGUCUAUAUACUUCCUAUAUCGAUGAGUGUACUUGUGGCGAAGACUCUGGCAGAUACCAUUGAACAUAGAUCUAUAUAUGACCUUUGCAUGAAUCUAUCUGAGCUUCCUUAUCUUGAUGCGAAGUCGGAAUACUUACAUUACGCGAAACCUGAAGACAUUAUGGAUCGAAAUGCGGAAGUGAUCAUAUUGAAUGGAGAGUUAAGAGCUUCAGAUCUGAGGCAAAGCAUCAAGAAUAUGUUGGAAGCACCACAGCUUGGGAGUGGCUUUCCACUGCUCGAGACAUCAGAGAACGGGGACACGCGGAUCUCGGGUUAUGUAGGUCUGGUGGAACUUGAGCAUUGUCUGUCGACGAUCGAAGGCGACCCGAUUUGCACCUUCGACGGGGCAGACCCUGAUGUCGCUCCCAACGGCGGCCUGUCACCCAACUACGAGCUCCCCGUCGAUUUCGGCUACCUCGUCGAUCAUGCCCCAGUCACGGUGUCGGUCCAGACUCCAAUGGAACUCAUCCACGAGAUUUUUGUACGCUUAGGCGUCCGUUAUCUCGUCGUCCAGAAUCACAAUGGGCUAUAUCUUGGGAUCAUUGAAAAGAACCGUCAUCACACCACCAUCCCCACUCCAAAUGGAAAGGAAGAUGCUCACUUCGAGGCAUUGAUCAUGGGCAGCAAUUCUUGUUUAAGUCUAUCGUCCUUAUUGUUCACCUAGCAUUUCAUUUUCCACUCAUCUCUUUUUACAUUUUCAUUUGUUGUAGAUAUAUAUAUAUAUUCAUCUUCUCAUCAUCCUCCAUACUUGUUAAGUUUUUUCUAGUUUUGUAUAUAUAUAUAGUACAAACCUUG